GCUGGACCCGAGCCCUCCUUUCGAAAUCCCUGAGACCGCCACGGCCCAGGUUAAAUGGAAACCACCCUUGGGAGCCGGAUGCCUGUGUAGCCAUUCUACCACAUCAGUGAGUUGCAAUGAGUGGAGGAGGAGAGCAGCCGGAUAUCCUCAGUGUUGGAAUCCUGGUCAAAGAAAGAUGGAAAGUAUUGAGGAAGAUUGGGGGUGGGGGCUUUGGAGAAAUUUACGAUGCCUUGGACAUGCUCACCAGGGAAAAUGUUGCACUGAAGGUGGAAUCAGCUCAACAACCAAAGCAAGUUCUGAAAAUGGAGGUUGCUGUAUUGAAAAAACUACAAGGGAAAGACCAUGUUUGUAGAUUUAUUGGUUGUGGGAGGAAUGAUCGAUUCAACUACGUGGUCAUGCAGUUGCAGGGUCGGAAUCUGGCGGAUCUACGCCGUAGCCAGUCCCGGGGCACGUUCACCAUUAGCACUACUCUUCGCUUGGGUAGACAGAUUCUGGAGUCUAUUGAGAGCAUCCAUUCUGUGGGAUUCUUGCACCGAGACAUCAAACCGUCAAACUUUGCCAUGGGUCGCUUUCCUAGUACGUGUCGGAAAUGUUAUAUGCUUGAUUUUGGCCUGGCUCGACAGUUUACCAAUUCCUGUGGUGACGUCAGACCACCUCGAGCUGUGGCAGGCUUUCGAGGGACAGUUCGUUAUGCAUCAAUCAAUGCUCAUCGGAACAGGGAAAUGGGAAGACAUGAUGACCUUUGGUCCUUGUUCUACAUGUUGGUGGAAUUUGUGGUUGGUCAGCUCCCUUGGAGAAAAAUAAAGGACAAGGAACAAGUGGGCUCUAUUAAGGAAAGGUAUGACCACAGGCUUAUGUUAAAACAUCUCCCUCCAGAAUUUAGCAUCUUUCUGGAGCACAUUUCCUCUUUGGAUUAUUUUACAAAACCAGACUACCAGCUUCUUACAUCCGUGUUUGACAACAGCAUCAAGGCCUUUGGAGUAAUUGAAAGUGACCCUUUUGACUGGGAGAAGACUGGAACUGAUGGCUCCCUCACCACAACCACUACUUCCGCGACUCCUCAGCUGCACACCCGGUUGACCCCUGCGGCAAUUGGAAUUGCCAACGCCACUCCCAUCCCAGGAGACAUGCUUCGAGAAAAUACAGAUGAAGUGUUUCCAGAUGAACAGCUUAGUGAUGGAGAAAAUGGCAUCCCUGUUGGUGUGUCACCAGAUAAAUUGCCUGGGUCUCUGGGACACCCUCGUCCCCAGGAGAAGGAUGUCUGGGAAGAGAUGGAUACCAACAGGAAUAAGAUAAAGCUUGGGAUUUGUAAGGCUGCUACUGAAGAGGAAAACAGCCAUGGUCAAGCAAAUGGUAUUCUGAAUGCUCCAAGCCUUGGUUCCCCAAUUCGUGUCCGCUCAGAGAUUACUCAGCCAGACAGAGAUGUUCCAUUGGUGCGAAAGUUACGUUCUAUCCACAGCUUUGAGCUGGAGAAACGCCUGGCAUUGGAACCAAAGCCAGAUACUGACAAGUUUCUUGAGACCUGCUUGGAGAAAAUGCAGAAAGAUCCCAGUGCAGCAAAAGAAUCGACUCUCCCUGCUCUGCUUCAUAAGCCUUGUGUUCCAGCUGUGUCCCGUGCAGACCACAUCUGGCACUAUGAUGAAGAAUAUCUUCCGGAUGCUUCCAAGCCUGCCUCUGCCAACACUCCUGAGCAGGCAGACGGUGGUGGCAGCAAUGGAUUUGUAGCCGUUAACCUGAGCUCCUGCAAGCAGGAGGUUGAUUCCAAAGAAUGGGUGAUUGUGGACAAGGAACAGGACCUUCAAGACUUUAGGACAAACGAGGCUUUAGGCCCUAAAACAACUGGAAGCCCUUCUGAUGAGGAGCCCGAAGUCCUCCAAGUCUUAGAGGAGUCACCUCAAGAUGACAAGUUCCAGUUGGGUCCUUGGGCAGAAAAUGAUCGUUUAAAGAAGGAAACCUCAGGUGUGGUGUUUGUGCUUUCUGGGGAGUGCCCUGCCACUGCUGCUUCAGAGCAAUAUAUAGACAGGCUAGAACUCCAGGCUGGAGCUGCUAGUCAGUUUAUUACAGUGACACCCACAAGUCCAAUGGAGGCGCAAGCAGAAGGACCCCUUACAGCGAUUACAAUUCCAAGACCUUCUGUGGCAUCUACACAGUCGACUUCAGGAAGUUUUCAUUAUGGUCAGCAGCCAGAAAAGAAAGACCCUCAUACCAUUGAGCCUACUGUGGAACUUUACUCUCCAAGGGAGAACUUCUCUGGCUUGGUCGUGAUAGAGGGCGAACCUCCUAGUGGAGGAAGCAGAACAGACUUGGGGCUUCAGAUAGAUCAUAUUGGUCAUGACAUGUUACCCAAUAUUAGAGAGUAUGACAGAUCCCAAGACCUGGGACCAAAAGACCUUCCUGACCAUAACAGACUGGCUAUGAGAGAAUUUGAGGACCUCCCUAGGGAAUUGGAAGAGAAAAGCAUUGUUGUAGGGUCAGAUAAUGAAGAGGAGAAAUUAAGUAAAAGGCAGCAUUAUAUUGAGAUCUCCCCUCUCCCAGGAGACUUGAUAACAAUGGAAAGGGAUCACUCAGCUACUACUGAACCUCUUGAUGUGACAAAGACACAGACUUUUAGUGUGGUGCCAAAUCAAGACAGAAAUCAGGAGAUAAUGACACUUCUGGCAGUUGGACCUUCAGAAGUAUCUCCACGAGUUAUUGACCCAUAUGUUGAAGAGCAGAUAGGCCAGGUGGCAGCAAUGCAAAAAAGUAAGAUAUCUAAGGAGGAUGACAUCAAGGGUGAAGACUUGCCCAGUCAUUCUGGAGACCUCUCUACUUUUUUGCACCAAGAGGGUAAGAGAGAGAAAAUAGCCCCUAGAAAUGGAGAGCUAUUUAAUCCUGUUUCAGAGAAUGAACACUGUCCCCCAUCCCGGAAGGAUGUGGUUAGGUCAUCCUUUGUAACUAGACACAGCCGAAUCCCUGUUCUAGCACAAGAGACAGACUCAACUUUUGACUCAUCCUCUCCAGUCUCUGCAAAAGAAAAGCUCCUCCAAAAGAAAGCUUGCCAGCCAGACCUCGUCAAGCUCCUGGUGGAGAAAAGGCAACUCAGGUCUCUCCUUGGGGACCUCUCAAGUGCCUCUGAUAAACUGCUAGAGGAGAGAUUAACCGCUGUUCCUGCUCCCUUUUCCGAGGAGGAAGUCUUCGCCCCCUUUUCAAGACUGGCUGCAGACUCACACCUGAGCAGGUCAGCUGAAGACAGCUUUCUGGCACCCAUCAUCUCCCAGUCCAAAAAGAGCAAAAUUCCAAGACCAGUUUCAUGGGUCAACACAGAUCAAGUCAAUAGCUCAGCUCCAUCUCAGUUCUUGCCUCGGCCACCACCCGGAAAACCACCUGUGAGGCCUGGAGUAGAAGCCAGGCUCCGCAGAUACAAAGUCCUAGGGAGUAGCAAUUCUGACUCAGACCUUUUCUCCCGCCUGGCCCAAAUUCUUCAAAAUGGAUCUCAGAAACCCCGGAGCACUACGCAGUGCAAGAGUCCAGGAACCCCUCACAAUCCAAAAACACCACCCAAGAGUCCAGUUGUCCCUCGCAGGAGCCCCAGUGCCUCUCCUCGAAGCUCUUCCUUGCCUCGCACAUCCAGUUCCUCACCAUCUCGGGCUGGACGGCCCCACCAUGACCAGAGGAGUUCAUCCCCACAUCUGGGGAGAAGCAAGUCACCUCCCAGCCACUCGGGAUCUUCCUCCUCCAGGAGGUCCUGCCAACAGGAGCAUUGCAAACCCAGCAAGAAUGGCCUGAAAGGAUCCGGCAGCUUCCACCACCACUCAGCCAGCGCUAAAGCCCCGCCAGGGAAGAGUAAGUCAGCCAGUAAACUCAGCAGAUAGGAGCUGGGCCGCGUCUCUCUGAAAGAUGGAACCACAAACCAGAAGAAUUCACUCAUCGAGCAAGACAAGUUAGAGUAAUUUAACAGUUCCAUAGUUUUCUCCCUUUCUUCUCUUCAUGAAAUCAGUGAUGAGAAACUGCUCUUUGAAAUACCUCCAAAGGUAUUGUAUUGUAUCUCUUUCCCCUCCAAGCAGCCCUCUUUAUGCAUUUUUGCUCAGGCAACCAAGGACAUAAGAGUAUUGGCAGAAACAUGAGUGCUUUUGUAUAGGCCAUCUGUACAUAAAAGUGUAAUUAUUUAUU